UUCUGACAUAAACCUCCAAGUUUAUUAAAACUCCAUAAAAAUCAAAACCGAAAAUGAAGGUUUUCGCUAUUCUAGCCCUCUGCAUUGUUGCCGCCUCGGCUGGCGUCGUUGUCCACGAACCUUGUGGUGGGGACGGACAAGUCGUUCAAAUCAGGAUUAGCGAUUGUGAGGGGGAAGUUGCUGAAAUGACGCCGGGCGUGGAAUACCAUUGUGAAGGGGACGUCAUUCCUGCCGCUGCCUCAGCUGCGCUCCAUCUUCACGUGAGCGCUCGAUUCCAAGGCGCCGAUGUCACCAUUAUCGACGCGGACAUUCCCGACUCGGCCGUCCAGCCUGAUAUGCAAUACACUCUCCGAUGGUCCGUCACCCCUGGCGCAAUUCCCGUCGGAAAUACGAUUGCAAUCACGUCUGCUGUCUCUGACGUGGCGACAACUGUUGUCCAGAUGUGUGGCCGAAUUAUGGCGCGCAUUGUUUAAAUUUUUGAACAUGAAUAUAUAAAUGUUUCAGACAUCUGUCUAUGAUUAGCUAAUUUAUUCGGAAUAAAAUUUAUUAAAUUCA